AUGGUUGAUUGUAGCAUUCAAGGACAUCCCCGCGUGUUACAAUUUAUUGGAGCCUCACUCAAUGCGCAAGUCCCUUUUAUUGUCUCGGCAUUCAUGCAAAACGGCAAUAUCCUCGAUUACCUCGGCCGUUUCCACGAUGACUUCAAAAAGAUUAGACUUUUGCACGAUGUAACUCUGGGCAUGAUCUAUCUACACCGGCAGAGUGUUCUUCAUGGCGAUCUGAAGCCCGCUAAUAUCUUAAUCGAUGACGCUGGACGAGCUCGCAUCGCAGACUUUGGUCUCUCCCGUCUUAUUGAAAGUUCAUCGUCUACCGUUUCCAAACGCAGCAACGUAACUCAUUCCAACGAUACAAUCAAGGGGACUCUCCGAUUUAUGGCUCCAGAAUAUCUACGAGGCAAACCGCUCACCAAGGCUUCGGAUGUUUAUUCGUUUGCAAUGACUGUAUAUCAAGUCAGUAUUUUUCUAGUUAUCUGA